AUGCUUUUCGACGUGGCGGAUACCUCAAGGGAGGUUGACCUCUCGAAGCUCAUCAGCUUCUCCAUGUCAUUUCAGCCCCUGCAGUUGCUCCUUCAGUCGAUUCUCAAGCGCGUCCAACAGGCGGAGACAGACAACGAGCAACAGGAUGACGAGAUCGCUCAACUGAAAAAGGCUGUAGAGGAUUUGCGUAAACAGGAUGCGGAGCGAGAGGCACAGCAGCAAGAGCUGCUUCGACAGCUGGAGGAGCUUCGUAAGAUGAGGGACGCGGAGGAGCGCGGCGAGGAAGAGGGGUACUUCAGUCAGGGUGAGGCGCCCCCCACCGACCUUCGCCCACUGUGGGACGAGAUAAAUCGUCUAAAGGCUCUCAUCGGAGAGGUCCAACGACCUGGUCGUCGGCCCACCAUUGAGCAGUUGUACCGGGCCCGUAAGCGACAGGGCAGUGCAACCAGCCUCCCGAUUAUACAGCGGCCAAAAUCGGUGGUGUCCUCCAUGCAAGGGAUGGGGGCGCUUGAGGAGGUGGAGUCGCACGUGGGUGACGCCAUUUUGGAUCGUGCAAAGGAGAGACUCGUGAUGGAGGAAACUGUGCCGCCAGUGGCGCUGCUGCCAGAGGAGAGUGCUGCCACGGGCGAGUUGGUGGAGCCGCCACGUCGUAGCGAAGAGAAGAAGCAACAGGAACGAGAUCGCCCGACAUCUGGGCAAGAACUACGGAAAUAUGGGGAGGAAGAAAAACAACGACAACAACAGUCAGAUGAGCAAAAACCAUCGUUGCAAUUAAGUGAGGGAAAAGGCGCAGGUGGCGACUUGCCUGCCCCUUUCCUCUCAGGGAGUGGGGUGGAGCAACCCUUUCCCACUCGCUCAGAAUCACCGUUUGCACUAGAGAGGUCAGGCCCUUCCUCAUCGGGUGGGGCAGGUCCUGUGUUUUCCUCCAGUAGCUUCGUGACGCCGUCAAAAGAACAGCUGCCGGUGGUUGGCGCCUCCUCCUCCAUCUACAAUCACCUGGUGCAGGACAGCGCCGAUAUUGGGUACCUCAAUAGGGUCGUGGCGGAGAUGCUGAACGAGAUGAAGGUUAUUCACGCGGAUGUCGAUUUAAUGCGAACGGUUAGGGGGAGUGCAGAGGACGAAGAGAGGCCAACGACAACUGAUCCAAAUGAAGCACGUGAACGGGCCAAUCUGCAGCGCCGCGUGGAGUUGCUUGAAGAUGCUGUAAGGAGUCUGCAGAAAGGAGCUGGUGCUCCGGAUGCUGGUACUGGAGCGGCACAUGUACCCAAGGAUCCUCGCUGGGAUUCCCUUCCGGACGACGUUAAAGCAUUGAAGGGAAGUAUGAACGCGUUGGAGCAGGCCUUGGAGCGCACGAAUAACAAACUGGCCGGUAUGCUUGGAGCUGUGUCGACAGAAGGUGGUGACACGGGAGUCAGUCCGGCUCAGCUGGGCGCGUUGUCUGCAGCCGUGGACAUGUUGGAGAAGCAAUUGGCAGACCUGCAGCGGCUUGAUCUGCGUAAUUACGACAAUGACCUGGAGGCGCUGCGAAGGGAUGUGGAAAAGUUACAGCGAGAUACAGCAGCACUACAGAAGACAUGUGCACUGCUGGAUGAAAAUAAGGAGGACAAGGGCAUUCGACGUCCGUCCUCUGUGGUACCCGCGAAGGAGGAAACAGAGGAGGUGGCGCUGCCAUUGCCAGCAGCCGUUAAGGACACUGGUGAUGACGCCGCAGCGCUGAAUGAUUUGCGGCGCCGUGCGGAUGAUUUGCUGUCUCGCAUGGCUCGCGCUGAGGCGAAUGUGAUAGACCUUGAUGAGCAUAAGGCCGAUGUCGCGGCGGUGCAGCGGCUUGCCGACGAAUUGAAGCAGCUGCGGCAGCUGCUGGAGCUCGGGGCGGGUACGCGGGGAGACGAUGAUGCCACUAGCUCGGCUGCCACGCUGAAAGGGGAGCUUGUGGAGCAGCUACAAAAGCAAAUUGCGGAACAUGUGCAGAAUUUCAACCAGGUGCGUGACGGCACCACAAAUGAAUUGGACGCUCUGCGCGACUACGUGGAGCAGAUUGAUCACCGCAAGGCGGACGCCAUGCUUGUGGCGAACAAGGCUGAACGCGACUACGUUGAGAACGCACUAGAACGCCUGAUGCGGGAGGUGGAACAGGUCUUAAACGCCACCAACGCUGGCCUUAUUGACACGCUUGAUAAGUCCCUUAACGUGUUGCGCGACUUGCUGGAUGGAAAGGCCACGAAGCAGGACAUGGACCGCCUCCGUCGUAUCGUGAGUGAGGAUCACAUUGGGGGCGGGGUGCCAGAUGCUCUCGCGGGAUUCCGCGGCUUCCGCUGUCUCGGCUGCAACCGCCCUGUAGAGACGAUGCGGCCGCGUGUCAUGGGCAGUCGACUGCAACCGUUUGUGAACCGGCUGCCGCAGAAUCAUCCGGGCGAGAACACCCCCGCCCGCAUCCAACAGGGAUCCUCGGGUGCCACAGACGGUGCAUCCACCGUCGCAGGCGGCAGCUAG